CGAGCUGAAGAUGUCCUGGACAUAUGCGACCCUGCUGGCUCUCCUCACUGUGCUUCUGGCACUUUCCUGGUCUCCAGAGGCCGGGUUUGCAGCUGUGCCCGGCAGCACAGGCAGCGCUAAAGAUCCACAAGGUCCGCUGAAAAAGAUCUUCAUGAAGGAGGCAGACGCCUCAAACUUCUUCAGAAGGCGCAGCAGACGGGGUGCAAAGUCUCAGGAUGAGAUUAACGCUGAGCAGAGGCAAAUUCUGGCUGCAGAUGAGCGGAAGAGAGAGUUUCACGAGGAGAAGAGGAACGAAUUUGAGAGCUUCGCUGAAGAGGAGCAUGAUGAACAAGACGAGAGGAGCAGAGAGAGCACCGAGCAGUGGAGGGAGUUUCGCUACGACGGGAUGCAUCCUCCUCAGGAGUAAAACCGUCAGUCCCGUGAGAGAGGAGAGAGGUGAUGCUGUGAGUGCUUAAAGAAACAUCUUGAACUACACAACGAGGCCACUCUCCACUGAGUCGUGACAUUUAUAUAGUAGAGAUAUCAGCUGUGAGACUUUCAGCUUGUUUUUCACCCUUGAGUUGUUCACAUUGACUUGUACCUCACUGAUGUAUGUGUAAGUAACAGUAAUAGUAAUAAUUGCAAACACCUUUUUUUCCUUUUCUUUUGACCUAUUGAAUUAAAACACAAUAUGUAGAUAUAGUUGAAGUGCCUUUAUCUUUGCAACAAACUGGGCUUGCACAUUUUGACACAGUUCAGAAAUGGCCAUGAACCGUUGUCAUUACUCAUAAGGGAUGUCUUAUAUGUAAUGGGUUAGGGGAAAAAAAACAAAAAAAUUAAGUCAAUUUAAUAUUAUAGUGGACUGAGACAAAUGUAAACUGCAGGAUUUGCUAAAAAAUAAAUAAAGUAAUUCACAGCAUGUUGCCCUGAAUAGUGAAGUUAUUCGUGUUUAGGAUUAUUUAGAGCCCAUAAAGAUAUCUGUUGGAGCAAACUGUUAUAUAAGUCCAAUUACAGAAAUCCAAACAGACUUGUUCAGGAUUAUGGAGGGAUAGUGCUGCAUAAAGAGUUCUGUCAACACCAAUCAUAAUUAUAGAGCAGAUGGAAAUCCGUUGUGUUUAACAGCUGUGGUCUCUAAAUCCUGACCACACUAAUGCAUCAUUUUCUGUAGCAGACACGUUCAAAAUCAUGUUUAUAAGCAAUUCUAAUAAAAGUCAUUAAGUAUCGAGAUAGUAAAACAAUAUUAAGUAGGCCUGGGUAAAAUAGAUGUGCAAUGA